GGACUUGAAAUUCACUAUUCGCUAGCCAAUCGGCGCGAGAAACCUAUGCGCAUGAAAUAUUAACCCACGUUAACCUAUCUGUGUAUGCUGGUGUAUGCUUGUAUGUGUGUAUGCACGGUAUGCACUCACAUUUUUGUCUUGUGUAUUGCAAUUAAGUAAAUUGUUAAAAAAUAAAUUAUAAGAAUUCAUUUGAAGUAAUGCAAUAAUCUUGAUUUACACAUUGAUUCACGUCCGUAUCGAAGGUCGAGGAAAUUUUGUGUCAAAUCGGGUGAUUGGUUAUGAGAUAGUCGACGAGAAAUAGCACACGCUUACAGUCGAAAUGAUAUGAGAUAGAAACGGAAAAAUGUUCUCUGAGCAUGAUUCCGCAACGAGGAUUAUGAAGUGCAGUAUUUUACAUAACAAAUUUGUCUUUAGAAACGUUAUAUGAGAUUUAAGCUAAAACCACCGACAAUAUGAGAAAAUAUUAUCAAGCUGCUUUGGCUAUUACAGCGGUAGUAAGCCUCAUAUCUUUGCUCAUCUAUCGACAUGAAUACAACAAGCUGAGGUAUGUCUUGGAGGUUUUCAAUUAUUUUGGGAAGCCUGGACCAAGAUCAGAUGUAAACUUUGCGAACCUCAAUACAACUUUUACCACGUUCAACCCAAAAUUUGAUGAACCAAUUCCCUCUUGGCAACGCCUGGAGGACGAUCUGUAUAUAUAUUCUGCGCACAGCAUCAAUGACAAGGAAAUACGAGCAGUCGGACUUGGGACCAUAAACAGUGUCUCGAAUAUGCAAUGUCUUGUCUUCUUCGAGAAUGAAAGUAAACCUAUAUUGGGGAGUUUUAGGUUUAUUCCCAUUGGCAAUGCAAUUGCUUCGAGUCUAAGAGAAAACCCAAGAUAUGGAGGAUAUCAUUUCAUUUGUACAUACACCAGCGACGAAACGCCCACUGGAAUAACAUUUGUCACAAAAUCCAACAAAUACCUUAAUUAUGCACCUAUUUUUCCCAUAAAAAUAUACACUCGAAGCUCAAGCCACAAUAAGAUAGGGGUGUGCGUUACACAAUCAUCAAUGAAGCCAGUAAAGUCCAUAGAUAUGAUAAGUUUCAUCAGUUUCCAUAUGUUGUUUGGAAUGGAUAACUUCAUCAUAUACGAUUCCGGAAUUUCAAACGAGUUCAAUAAUAGACUAAAAAAAAUGGCGAAUGAUCCAACUUCCUCUUGGAAAUUUACAUAUACCAUUAUACCAUGGAACUUUCCUUUUACAGAGAUUGAUCAAAAUGUCAUAAGAGAAAUCGUCGAAACAGAUUGUUUCUAUCGUACGUACAAUAGUGUCGCUUACGCGAUUACACUUUCAUGGAACGAGUAUGUAAAUUUGAAGUUUCAUAAUGCAACAAUUAAGCUUUUAAUGGAUUUUGAGAAAAUGAAAAUGACUGCCGAUUGCUACAAGUUGAAAACUAUGAUUUUUUGCACGCAACAAGCAGACAAUAAACUAUACGCCAAUUCUACACUGACGAUAUUGAAGAAGACGAAGACCAAUACAAACGUUUUGGAAGAACGUUCUAUUUACAUAUGCAAGCCAUACAUUGCAGAAACACUGCAGAAUCCUCGUUUGCGCGGCAGAGAGGUAGGAAAAGAUUUGAUCGCUAUAAAUUAUUAUAAGUAUUGUGAUAAUUAUAGGAAAAGUCGAGAAGUAGAAGAUCUUACAAUUUUGAAAUUUGCCCAAAAUAUACAAAGCUCAUCAAUUCUUAGGAAAUAUCUUGCACUUUACAAUGUUCUCGGUGCAGUUAUAAAGUGAUAUGGAGUUUUGCAUGAAUAACGCUAAAUUAAUAUUUGCACAAGCUAGAAUAAUACUCUACUUGCAUAUUCAUUCACAUAUAGAUAUUUUAUAAAUAUGCCGUCUUUCAUACUAGGUGCCUUAAUCAUCACGUCACAGUUGUGUAAUUAAUCAUGACAUGAUCAGCUAUUUUAAUAUUUUGUACAUAUUUCAAAGUUGAAACUUAAGCUAUAAUAAAAUAUUUCUACUUGUUACUUUCAAUUGUUCCACAUCUUCAUAUUAUACUGUGAUAGCAGCGAGGUGUUAUAUACAAUAUACACGAGAACGGCAGUUUUAUUACAAAUAUUCUUAAAAAAUUUAAACAUGUUAUGAUUAUUAAAUUUAAGUAUCAUGUAAAUUUUGGCUAAAGAUGACUAAGUAAAGUCGAAAUGUCCCACAUAUAAAUUGCGAAGAUUACCAAUAAAUGAUUAAAUUGUUAUCCAAAAAA